AUGGCUACGAUAACUACUUCUACUACUGGAAAGAAAAAGAUAGUGUACAAGCAAGAUACAGACGGAGUUUUUAGAUUGAAAAAGAUUCCAACUGAUGGCGGAGUAUUUGGGAAGGAUCGCGAUAGCAAAAAUGCUGCUGAGGAUCACUUAAACGAAUUGAUUGGUUGUACCUAUCAAGUGCUGAAUUCAUCUACUGAAGAGCCAAGCAACGUAUCACCCACACCGGAAACCGUUCUGGUAUGCCCAAAAGAUACUGAAUAUGUAUCUACCGACUACCCAGUUACCCCAAAAAGAAAACCAAUCAAAAGAAGGAAUACAAAUGCUUCAACUCCUCCUGUUAGACUCAAAGUUCCAAACAUCAAAAUCAGCACCGAGGCAUUUGAAAAGAUCACGGGAAUACAUGUACCAAGUUUUGUUGCAGGGUGUAUGGUAACUUUAGUGUUUGUCAGUUCGUCGCCAUUGAUAAGUCAUUAUACAUCCAUGAUCUUCAAUGUGGUAAAACUAGGUCUAUUUUGGGUAAUUUUAAUUGGAGGCAUUACUUGGUACUCCGGCGUAGUUAAACUCCAGGACUCGGAAACAAUGGGGGCAUUUGUGAAUGGUAUCAAAGACACCUUUUUAGAAACUGAGAUUGACGAGGAAGAGGAAGAAAAAGACAUAGAGCAUGACAUGCAUAGCGGUAGUAUGCACGAGCAGUCUGAAAACUACAGCCGUAAAAACUCUAGUGAAUUUGCCAUUCCUAAUGCUGUACCAAGAAGAAGAUCAGCAUCUCCAGUCAAAAGUGCGAGGGUACCAUUAACGUCUGUUACACCAUUCAAAUCUACACCAUCUAAACAAGAUUCAAGGUUCCAAAGUACUCCAGAAUUGGUAGCCGGUGAGCAUUCUUCUCCUCCUAAGCUUAAUAGGUUCCACACAUCUGAUCCUAAAGGUUACCAGAACCAACCAAAAAAGGGCUCAAUAUUUUCAUUAGGUAAACUGAGAAGGCCCUCUAAUAAUUCACUAGAAUUGACCAAAACUAAAACAAACCAAUCCAUUCCUAGUGUGGAGCUGAUUGAUUCUUCAAGCUCACGCCACUCACCAAUCAGGCAACAUUAUUCUCAUCAUGACGAUCCAGAAGAAUUGCCUUUCAUUAACGAAGUCAAGUUGAUAAGCAGUGAGGAUGAUUUUGGGAAUAUGCCCGAUCCGUUGCCCCCAAUUAACAACAUCAACAGACUGAACAGUGUCAUGAGCAAACAAUCUGUUUUGGGAACAAGAGCUAACUACAACAAGUUCCUAGCAAAUGUUCAUGGUAAUGAUGGGGACUAA